AUGGCCACACCGCCAACCGAAGGAGAAAUCAGAGUGGGUCCCGGCCAUCAGGCAACAUUACCAGAUUAUCAACCAAUCGAAAAUUACCGCUCCGAGGACGACGAAGAUCGCGAUUUAGAGGAUCCGAGAUGGACGCCUGGAUUGUACAUUGAUAAUGACUUGUUGAUGUACCUGACUGCUGCCCGUUCGAUAUCCGCCUUUCAGGGUAUGUGUGAAGAAGAUGGUUGUAUGGCAGCAAGUCGUGAUGAUACCACUAUAAAUGCAUUUGACGUUCUACACGACUCAGGAUACGACGCUGGUAAAGCGCUAGAAGCCCUGCUAAAGUGUCCUGUUACGAAGGGAAUCGAAAAAAAGUGGACUGAAGAGGAAACGAAGCGCUUCAUUAAAGGAUUACGCCAGUUUGGGAAGAAUUUUUUUCGCAUACAUAAGGAUCUCUUGCCUCAUAGGCCAACGCCCGAACUAGUUGAGUUUUACUAUCUGUGGAAGAAGACACCAGGUGCCAACCAGAAUCGGCCACAUCGCAGACGACGGGCGAGCUCGCUGAGACGACGCAACACGCGGACAAACAGUAAUGCGAGUGGCAGCACUCCUCCAAACAACAACAGCAGCAGUAGCAAUAGCAGUACCGGUAAUAAUAAUAAUAACAAGAAAGAGCAAACGCCGGAGCGCACCGUAACGGAGUCGUCAUCGCGUCCAUCACCGAUAGGAAAGGAGGAGAACAGCUCCGUCACCGAGGACGACGUGAGCGAGUGUGACAGUGACUCGAGCGCCAACAAAGCAACCGCGGCAGCGGUUGUGGCGACGUCGACCGCAGCAACGGUAGCGUCGUCCGUUGUAGCAGUAUCCUCAAGCAACGGUAACGUUGGGGGUGGAGGUGGCAGCGGAGGGUGCGGAAGUAGUAAUAGCAGCAGCAGCAGUAGCAGCAGCAGCAGCAGCAGCAGCAGCAGCAGCAGCAGUAGCAGCAGUAGCAGCAGUAGCAGCAGCAGUAGUAGUAGUAGUAGCAGUAGCAGUAUCAGCAGCAGUAGCAGUAGCAACAGCAACAGUAGCUGUAGCGGAAGCGGAAGUAGUAACGGCGGCGUCGGCGGUCCCGUCGGCGGCGUCGGAGACUUUACGACGACGGCCAGUAGUGGUAGCAUUGGCGGGGGUAGCAGUGUCGGCAGUCACGUCGGUGGUACGGCGGUCACCGGCGAGGAAUCUCCGUCGAGGAUGCGGACCCGCCAAAAGCCCACCAAGGAUUCGACAAAUGCGACCAACACGAAACGACCGAAACGAGGUGGAACGGAGACACCAGAGCAGCAGCAGCUGCAAUCAACAGUCUCUAGUGGAGGUGGAUCAGGGCCACAUGAGAAUCCAAAAACUCCCAGCAAACUAUCUACCACCUCCAACAACAUUAUUGGCAGUGGCGCGUUGGGAUCCACAGCGAUCAUUGCAACAACGGAUGGCGGUGCUGGGAGCAAACAUUCGUUCCCGAACAAGGCCUCCAAAGGAGCAUCAUCUUCAUCGUCAACUACAGCGUCGAGCAAGGCUUCGGAGAACACUCCUAUCAAGGGCAAAAAGAGGGCGAACGAGUCCGAACUCGACGGAGGAACAGUUGGAGGGUCGGACGAGAAAGAAGGCCAGAAGCGAAAGCGUUCCGACAGUCCCACCGAAAGCCUUACUACCGACAGCCGACCCAGUUCGGUGCUGGAUGAAGCAGAAUCUAACAUUGACGCAGCGACUGAAGCCAGCUGCACCGGAACCGCCAUAUCUGGUACUACAACUCCGGUGCUGGGACCGAAUAACAGCAGCGGCAUCGGUGGCAGUAAUAACGCAUUGGCGAGUGAGGGCCCUACCGCGACUGCUCUCGCUACCACCGGUUCGGGGGCGAAGGAUGAAGAGAAAGAUCCGCUGGCGUUGGCUGGUCCACCGUUGGCCGCGGAGCCAAUGGUUACCGAAUCGAACGAGAAUAGUAGUAGCAGCAGCACUGGCACAACAACAGUCACAAAGUCCAGUUCCGGAGGAUCAGAAGAUAAGGAUGACGAUUCCAAUGCGGGCGCCAUGGGUGCAGUUGUUGCGUCGGCUUCGGUAGCAACCAUCCCAACUGCAGCCGAUACCGCCAAGUUGCCUGAAACAGAGGAAACUUCCCAACCAUCAACACCGGCACCAACUUCAGUCGCCGUUGCUACUCCUAUAGGACCCGCUAUUUCACCGGAUGAAUCGGACGUAUCACCACCUCCAAUAGCGCUAUCUAUCACUGCAACAACGUCCAAUGAGGCCACUGUGACCAACUGUGCAAUGCCCGAUGGUACCAGCAAAUCAUCAACAGGCAGUGCGAUACCUUCCACUGCAAACGAUCAUGAAAUGGCGUCAAAGUUGGCUAACAUGAAACAGGAAGCAGGUGGCGGGUCAGUUGGAGUGGCCACCAUCGGGUCUGACUUCGGCUCGAAAGAUGUCUUCAUCAAAAAGGAACCGAACGACGAUUCUACCGCCAGUGCAAUAGGCGAAGUGCAACCACAACAACCACCGUCAUCAUCGUCGUCGUCCUCCUCGUCAGGCGUUCAAGGAGCAUCGGGUACACACGGUAGUGCUGUUGUAGCGCCUGUUGCAGAGCCGCAGGAUUUGAAGCUGAAAAUUGAAGUAAAAUCCGAAGCGAAGCUAAUGGGCACCAGCGUUAGUGGAAGUGGUGGUGGCGACCAACAAGGGUUGGAAUUGAAGUAUGAUGCGGAGAACCUGGUGAUGAAAACAUCGCCUUACGAGAAUCACAUCAAAUACGGUGGCCAUCCAGGAGCAACGACAGGUGUUGGUGGUCUUGAAGAUGGUGUCAAGUACGGCGGUGGUGAUCAUAAGUACGGUCCACCUUCAACACAACCACCCCAUUCACACGAAGAACCGCUGGAGUACGACAUGAAACGGUAUCCGGCAGCACCACCCUUACCACCGCCACCGCUCGGAUCCGAUGGUGGACCACUGCCACUGAAGAUGGGAUUCACGGGAGGUGCCGUGACAGCAGGAGAAUCCCACGGUGGACCUCCCAUACCGCCGUCUGGAGGUCAUCUAAAACUGUCACAUUACCCACAAGAUCUGACCGGAGGUGGAGGGCUUAACCUAAAAUAUCCUCCGGCAGGUUCUGACGAGCGAAGUAAGUUUGCACCAUCACCCGCUUCGGACAGUGGCAGUGGCAGUGGUGGCGGCGGUAGUGGAGCUCCGCCUCUACCGCCUGGUGUUCCCGGUGGAUCGCUUCCGCUCAUGCCGAAGAGCCAUUAUCCUGACCCGGCUCAACUCUCCAUGAUCCGGCAGCACUACGAGCAGUUCAAGUAUGAUCCGAUGGCCGGGGUAAAGUACGGUCCCUCGGGAAUGUCACCGUUUGGUCCUCCAGGUCAACCCCAACACCAUACUCCACAUCAUCCUCACCACCAUCCUCUGGCUAUGGCCGGAAUGCCUCAAUCGCAACCUCAAGACCUGAAAUAUCUUCCGCCUGGUGGUGGUGCUGGGGACGCUGCAGCCGGUGGGGGGUUAGGAUCGCAGAAGUAUCCUCCUGUGUCGUCAAGUGAUUCGACGCCGCCCUCGAGUGGUGGUGGGGCGUUAUUGAAGAACAGUUUCUCGGCCGACAAUCUCCUCAAGGGAUCUUCGUCUAGUAGUGGCGGGGACACCAAUCCGCUCGAUGUGUCCGCUUCGUCACGCUUGGCUGUGACGCCGAACCAGGACAGCCAGGGCAGCAACAGCUCGCAAGGUCCAGCCGGGCCAAUACACGUCGGAGGUGGUGCAGGAAGUGCGAGUGGAGGAAGCAUUGCCUCACCACAAUCCGGAGGUCCCAUUCCACCACACAGUGCCUCCUAUCCACCGCACGGUCCGCCCCCACCGCUACCGCCGGGUGUUUCACCACAUCCGGGUAUCGUGAAUCCGGGGUUGAUACCGACGUUGCUCGGCUCUUCGGCAUCGUCCCCCAUUCCCUCAACUCACGCGGGCAUUGGCCCGGUAGGGCCUAUUCCUCCACAGCUGUUACCAACUCCACCAGGCCCUUAUCAUCCAGCCAAUCUGCACCGAGGACAAGCACUACCACCGGUGGCAUCAUCUUCAUCGUCCUCACUGAUUCCGAGUUCCUCCUCAAUGUCAUCCUCGUCAAGUUCAGUUCUAACGUCCACGACGAGUUCUUCCGCCAUCGGACGGUCCGGCGAUAAUGGGCACGUUCCCCCGCCGCUUUCUUCGAUGCACCACCAUUCGGGACGCGAUCGUGAUCAGCGGGAUCGGGACCCAUCCCGUGCGUCUGAACCUCUGCGCGGACCUGAUCUUCCCCCGACUCGUGCUUCCCCCAUUAAUUCUCUGCUGCAAGGUGUUGCACCGCAUCACGGACUCCUAACCCAUCCCCUUCCACUGCACCUCGGCCACCCGGGCAUGCAGCUUCCACCGCAUCAUCCGGUGGCCCACCUAGGUCAUGCAGGAUUACUAUCGCACUCCCUCGGUGGUCACCAUCACGGUGCUCCGAUUCCGCUGCUCGGUGGCCCCACUCCGUCGGCGCUCGGCAGUUUGAUGGAAGUAGCUGGUGCUGGUCGGCGUUCGCCAUCGUCGUCCGCUUCGUCACAACACGGUGGUCACCUGCCGCCUACGUCACUACACCAGCCAAUUCCGUCUCACGUACCUUCCCCUUCAACCCCCACCGGGGCCGGUCCAGGUGGUCCGUCAUCUUCGAGUUUGAGUCGCGCCAGUCCCAGUGUACCUCCCGGAGGUGGUCCAGGAACGCCGGUCGGCUUUGGACCCGGAUCGGUUUCCGCUUCCAGUCAUCAUCAUCGCUCGAGCUCUCCAGCCAAUUCCACCGGCUCACUAAGCCGUGCCAGCCCUAUGCAUCUUGGCGGCCACCAUCCGUCAACGGUGGCGGCCGCUGCAGCCGCAUCGGCAGAACGCGAUCGACAAUUAAUGCGCCAACAGAGUCCCCAUAUGACGCCACCACCACCUUCGUCGUCAUCGUCUGCACCGCCACCGACGUCGGCCCUUAUUUCGAGUCCGCUGAGCAAAAUGUACGGUGGACCAGGUCAACGAUCACCACCACCGACGGCUUCCCACCCGUUCCGACCGGGUGCUUCACCACCGGUCCUACGCCACCCUCAAAUGCCUCUACCUCUGCCUAUGGCUGGCCCGAUCACGGGUCUCCCCGGAUCGGUCAUCGGUCACCCGUCUCAACCGUAUCCACUGAUGCACCCAUCACUGUUCAACCCGCACCACCACAAUCCCUUCUACGCCCCGUAUCCGUACGGGCCGGCGUAUGGACCAGGCUUUUCCUACAUGAAGCCCGCCGGAUCGCCGCUCGAUAAUCAUAUGUUGCACGGUCAUCCCACGGCUAUUCCACCACCGCGUCCCGAAGAUGCGCCCAACGGUGGCCCCGGUGGAAUGCACGGUAAUGCUGGCGAGAAGAGCAAAGGUGGUUCCGGUGGUAGCAGCAGUAAAUCGCAAUCCGGAGGACAGCCACAGACGUCACAAUCGUCCUCCUCAUCUUCGUCUUCGUCCUCAGCUUCCGGGGGAUCAGGUGGAGGAAGCGAGCGUUCGAAGCAAGGAGGAGGAGGAGGAGGAGCAGGCCCGUCAGCGGGCGUUGGCUCGUCUUCGGGUGGGCCUCCCGGUCCCGGUAGUGGCCCCGGUGGCCCUUCGCCCGUUGGUAGUGGAGGUCCCAGUCCGCAAGCCAUGAUGGUCGCCAUGGGACCGUCGGGUGGUCCGGGCGGACCUCUCGUUGGAAGUCCCUUCCACCCGGCUGGCCCUCCUCAUCACCAUCAUCACUCACCGUACGGACCGCCGCAACCACACAAUCCGUUCAUAGAGAACCAGCUGGCGCCGGUUGGGAGUGGCGGUGGCAGUAAACCCACGAGUCACAUGGAUGCUCUACGAGCCCAUGCGCAUGCGGCAGCUGGUGGCGGUCUAGGACCUCCACAUCCUGGGCAUCAUCACCCGGCGCACCAUCACCAUCCGGGUCAUGGGCCACCGCAGCCACCACCUCCCGGGCACCAUCCGGCACAUCCGAACGAACCGGUGCACAUCGAAACGCUCGAUAUCGAUCCAGACCCGGAACCGCCCUCCCCGGUCCAUGACAUGAACCGUGGCCCCAGUCCGGAGGCGAAACCUGAUGAUACCGAGUGCCAUCGUUCCCAGUCAGCUAUUUUUGUGCGGCGCUGUGAUCGAGGGGACUACAAUUCUUGCACGCGCACGGAUCUUGAGUUCAAACCGACGCCCGACUCAAAGCUAGCGAGGAAACGUGAAGAGCGUGACCGGAAACUUGCGGAGAAAGAACGCGAACGAAAAGCGCAGCAAGCCCAAGCACAGGCACAGCACCAACAGCAACAUCACCAACAGCAACAAUCGCAACAUCAUCCUUCAAUGCCACCGCAUCCUCACCAAGGGCCGCCUCCUUCGCAAUCGCAUCCGCACCAUCCUCAGCAUCCGAGCAUUGCCCAACAACAGGCUGCCGCCGUAGCCCAGGCACAGCAUCACCAUGCAGCAGCUGCAGCGGCGGCUGCGGCGGCCGCUGUCCAGCAACAUCAUCAUCAGCAGCAGGCACAGCAAGCGCAACAGCAAGCACAGCAACAACAUCAACAGCAGCAACAAGGAAGCGGCGGUGGUAAUAGUGGCGGUAAACCACCUCCUCCUGGCGGUGCUGGCAAUACUGGUUCCGGUCCGGGCGGUAUUCCUGCACCCCAGGGUCAUCCGGGACACCCCUCACCGGGUCCACAAUCGAUGAAACCGGACAUCAAACCGUACCCGGAUACCCCAGCGCUCCGUCAGCUGUCCGAGUACGCUCGGCCACACGUCGGCUUCAGUCCUGUGGAGACGAUGGUCCCGCCACCAUAUCAUCCACUGUACAAUAGAGAAAGGGACAUCUUUUUUAGGGAAUUCGAGGACCUCAAGAACCAGCAAGCGGUCGGCCCGUCCCGAUUGGAACCACACUGGAUGGAGUACUACCGGAUGAGAGGAAUGCACCCAUCUCAGUUCCCGGCGCUAUAUGGAAAUCCUGCCGCUCUAGCACAGCUGGAACGCGAACGAAUAGGCUUGCCACCGCAUCCUGUCGGGCUGGAUCCAUCUGAUCCGAUGUUGCGCUUGGCUGGCGAAUAUCACGCACACUCCCAUACGCAUUUGCACUUGCAUUCGCAACAGCAGCAAGACUCGGCAGCGGCGGCGGCGGCGGCGGCGGCAGCGGCGGCAGCAGGUUUUCAACUACCACCCAACGUACCACCCUAUCCGCGACCGAAUGUUCUAAUGCCGAGGGACCCCCAUUCGGAAGUACUUUUGCGUAUGUCCUAUGAUCCGCUGCAGGCUGCUGAAUUUCAACGACAAAGUGCACUAGAUCGGGCCCAUUCUCUGCAUGAGCAGUACCUGAGGCAACAUGAGCGUGAAAUGAAGGUGCGAGCACUUGAAGAGGCAGCGAGGGGAGGAAAACACUAGACAAGCUAGGGGUGAGCUACACCAAAAACUCGGAGAAAGGCGAGCUAAAGUCGACCACUCAAUCGCCACACAUCACGCCCAAGAUCACGAUCAUGGUUCUGGAGACUAAUAAUAAAGUGCAGCUCGAUUUGUUGUGCCCACUCCUGUGUUGUUUCGGAGUUAUUAGCUGAAGAUGUUCUUCCUGCCUAGACUGUUUUCUACCCAGUUAGACCAAAAAAGAAAUUACUGAGUUUACGGGCUAGUUCAAGCUCUAAACGAGAGCAGUGAAUUGCGGAGAACUGCGGCAAAUUCCCGAGUAAAGUAGUCCUAAUUUAGUGAUUUUUCUCUUUUUAAUCAUAACUCUAUUGUUACAUUAACACACACACACACGCACAAAUACUAGUAAAAUUCUAGUUCGUUUCGCAUUUUCGGGACAUUGGUUUGAUCGUGCAUCGGUGUAAAUAGUUUCUACGUGUCUUCGCACGUAUUAGUUUUCCUGUGUGUAACAAUGCGUAACAUUCGCGAGUGUUCAGAAAUCUACCAAUUUUUCGAAGCCGACACAGCAGAACCUUGCGACGGUGUAAUGAUGGAUCUAUUGUUAGAAGAGCGCAAUCCAUUGAAAAUAUCGGUUCAUGUUUGUGAAUCCAACGAGUAAACGAAGCACAAUGUAUAGACACGUACGACGCUUUCGCCAGUGCUCACUAUAUUUUGGCCUCAUUCAAUUAAGAAAAAGAAUAGACAAGAACUGAGAAAAGGGAUGCUUCUGUUUCUUCGCCCAUCCACGAAUUAGUUAGAAAUUCAUCUUGUUUUAAGCGGCCUUUGAGAGGAAUGUAACACUAACGAACAACCUUGAUUAACGCGACCAGAAACGGUGACGAACAGCUGGUACUGUGUGUGCGAUA